AAGGGAUCAAAGAAAAAAUGGACUUCGCAUUACAAUAACAAGUGAAAAAGGGUAAACUGCAUAUCUGCUGCCAUGACCACUCCAACCACCCUUCCUCACCUCACCGUGCCACCUCACACUGCACCACAACUUGCCACAGACAGUGACGAGAACAGCGAGGAUGACCUAAGUGCGCCUCAAUCAAAUUCUCAUCAUCUGUUCAAUAUGAACACCAACAAUAACAAUGAAGAGUAAGAGGAAAAGGAAAAAAAGGAAAAGGAGGAAAAGGAAAAGGCUGAACAGGAAGAAAAGGAAAAGAAGGAAAAGGAAGAAAAGGAAAAAAAGGAAAAAGAAGAAAAGGAAAAAAAGGAAAAGGAAGAAAAGGAAAAAAACAAGCCCAAAGAAUUAUUUGUCAUCAAUCCUGCUGGGAGUUUGUACUACCACUGGCUGUUCAUCAUCACAAUACCAGUCAUGUACAACUGGACCACGAUCAUAGCCAGGGCUUCUUUUGAGGAGCUGCAGCAUACCUUCCUCUUAUACUGGUUUUUUCUGGACUUCGCCGCAGAUCUACUCUACCUGGCUGAUAUGGCUUUCAGGACCAGAACAGGUUACCUUGAGCAAGGCCUGAUUGUGAAGGAUAAGAAGCUGCUCAGGGAGCGCUACACCUCCAGCUUCCAGUUUCGUCUCGAUUUUAUCUCCUUGCUGCCCACUGACAUCUUCUAUUUAUACUUGGGUCUUGACUACCCAGAGAUCCGCCUCAACAGGCUGCUGAGAAUUGGCCGCAUGCUUGAGUUCUUCACAAAGACGGAGACUAAAACCAACUACCCCAACAUCUUCCGCAUUGCAAACUUGAUCCUGUACAUCCUCAUUAUCAUCCACUGGAACGCUUGCUUCUACUUCUCCUUCUCCAAAUACAUUGGUUUUGGUGCUGACGACUGGGUUUACCCAGCUGUGGAUGAUCCUGAACAGCCUGCUUAUGGGAUGCCCAUGAGGAAGUAUUCAUUCAGUCUCUACUGGUCCACAUUGACCCUGACUACCAUUGGAGAAAUGCCACCACCAGCCUUGGAUUCAGAAUUUUUCUUCCACGUAGGUGACUUUUUAGUUGGGGUCUUGGUCUUUGCCACCAUUGUAGGAAACAUCGCCACCAUGAUCUCCAAUAUGAAUGCUGCCCAAGCUCAGUUUCAGGCUCGGAUUGACAACAUCAAGCAGUACAUGCAGGUCCGAAAGGUCGACAAGGAACUCGAGUUGCGAGUCAUCAAAUGGUUUGACUAUCUGUGGAAUAAUGGCAAGGCACAGAAUGAAAGAGAGGUGCUGAGGUAUCUUCCAGACAAACUAAAGGCUGAGAUCGCCAUCCAAGUCCACAUGGAUACGCUGAAGAAAGUGCGGAUUUUCGCAGACUGUGAGGCAGGACUGCUGAUCGAGCUGGUGCUCAAGCUGCGACCACAAGUGUUCAGCCCUGGAGAUUAUAUCUGCAAAAAGGGCGACAUUGGUCGUGAGAUGUACAUCAUCAAAGAUGGAAAACUUGCAGUUGUUGCUGAUGAUGGUGUCACACAGUUCUGUGUGCUGAGCAGCGGGAGCUAUUUUGGUGAGAUCAGUAUUCUUAAUAUUAAAGGCAGCAAAGCAGGCAACCGACGAACAGCCAACAUCCGCAGCAUUGGAUACUCAGACCUCUUCUGUUUGUCCAAGGAUGACCUGAUGGAGUCACUGACAGAGUAUCCAGAUGCCAAAGGCAUGCUCGAGGACAAAGGCCGGCAGAUCCUAAUGAAAGAUAAUCUGAUAGACUUGGACCCAGCUAACAUUAAGCCUGAGGUCAAGGAGCUGGAGGAGAAGGUCAGUAAAUUGUAUAGCACAAUGGACCUGAUGCAGAUCAAACUAAAGAAGAUUCUCAAACAUUACAAGAGUGCCGAGAAGGUACUCAGACAUCGCAUCGCAGAUCUGGAGCGCCUAACAGGAGAGGAGGUAGAAGAUGAAGAGGAGGAGGAAGAGGAGGUGAAAAAGGAAGAGAAAGCGGUAGAAGGAGACAAAAAAGAAGAUGAAAAAGGAGAUGGGGAGAAAAAGGAAGAGGAGGAAAAAGGUGAAGGGACAAAAGAUGAAGAAGGAAAGGGUGAAGAGACAAAGGAAGAGGAGAAAAAAGAUGAGACUACAGAAGAAGAGAAAAAAUAGUUUAUGUAAAACCUUUAGCAUUUAUUACCUAAUUAGCCACAAUAGAAUCUUUCUUUCUUACUGGACUUGCUUCUUAAGUGACACACAGAUUAUAAAACACCAAAAGACAAAACAUGACACUAGAAACUGCCUGAGGUACCUACUGGAACUGGUCUUCAAAGGGUAUUGCCAUUGUAUAUAUAUGUUAUAAAAUUAAAGAAAGUA